CCCCUGCACAGCCCUCGCCUCCCCGCUGAGCUCUGCUCUGUGCUGAGCCAGCCCAGCUACAGCUGCACGUCCUGACUGCACACUCCUGAGAUGGGACAGAACAAGAGCAAACCCCAGCCUGGGGACCUGAUUGAGAUCGACCAGCCAUUUCAUCAGCACUGGGCCCUCUACAUGGGGGAUGGAUAUGUCAUCCAUUUGACACCUGUAGGUAAAGACAAGGUAAAACUGGGGGCCCACGAGGUGCCAGUAUUCACCAGAAUGGUGAAGAAGGAGCGCCUGAAGAAGGUGGUGCGACGUAAUAAAUGGCGUGUCAACAACAAAUCUGAUGUGCCCCCAAAUCCGCUUCCAGUGGAGGAGAUUAUGUCUCGUGCUGCAGCUUGUAUUGGCAAGAAGGUGAUGUAUUGUUCAUUUGGUAGGAACUGUGAGCACUUUGUGACAGAGCUCCGCUAUGGAGAAGCAGUCUCUCAGCAGGUGAGUGUCACAGGGUGAGCCCUGGGUGCCUCCCAGAGCAGCUCCUGGCUGCUGCCUGUGAGCCCAGCACUGGGACACAGCCUGCAGCCUGCAUGGGCACAGCCCAGUGCCAGGCGUGGGCUCCAAAGCAGCGCUGCCUCUGGCCGCCCCAGAGCCCCUGGAGCUGGAGGGUCACUCUGCUCUGUGUGCAG